ACCUCUGUCUGCCGCAGGGAGAACGGCCCAGUACCGGGCUUAACUCCUCCCUGACUGUUGACGUGAGUAUGGCGGCCUGACGGCAUGUAGUUUUCCUGACGUUAUCCUGACAGUGUCAUGGAUAUCCGUUAUUGUGACAGGCGCGCGGACUCAUCAACAGCUUCGCUUUAUCUCGAGACAAGAAUUAAUUGUUUGUCAAUGCAUUAGCACUGAUUUCUUCGUUCUCGAUAAUGUCUUUACGUACACCCGUGGGUGUCAGUUGGUCAAAGUUGCUUAGCCGCUAGCUCUUAGUUUGGUUAGCCAAUCCAAGCCUUCAAGCACACAAGCUAGCUAAUGUCUUGUGCGAGCACUAACGUUCGCUUUCAACCGCUGUCAGCAUCAUCACCACGACAACGGGCAUCCUUCCCAACACCGGCCGUCUAAUGGAAGGGUGAAGGGAACGAUGCUGAGAUUCCUCCAUAUCCUUUUAACAGGCCUGUUAGGUGUUCUGUGGGAUGGAGUUGCUGCUUUUGGUGGGGUCAGACUAGUAGAUGGGGAGAACAAGUGUUCUGGCAGAGUUGAGGUGCUCCGCCAUGACCAGUGGGGGACUGUUUGCGACAAUGGCUGGGACCUCCGGGAGGCUGAUGUGGUGUGCCUGGAGCUGGGCUGCGGCUUAGCUGAAUCUGCCCUUCAUGGUGCAGAAUUUGGUGCAGGCAGUGGAGAGAUCUGGCUGCGGCAUGUCCAGUGCUCUGGACAUGAGUCCAGUUUGACACGCUGUGCUGUUGUCCUCCACAGUAACUCCUACUGCACCCAUGAGAAUGAUGCAGGGGUGAAAUGCUCAGGUACCCUUUUAAUGCCCACCCUCACCCUGCUGUCACCUCACACUGUGUUCUCUCCCGGGGAAGCCGUUCGCUUCGGCUGCAGUGUUCUUCUGGGUCACCACCUCAGUGACUUCCACCUGUACAAGCAUGGAGUGUCCACGCCGCUGGUUACACAGAGGGCAGACCAGACCCAGACCAGAGUGGAGCUGACGCUGUCCGACGUAGAGACUUUCCACCAGGGCAGCUACAGUUGUGGGUACAGGAUCAAGGGCGGCUUCCCUUCUCAGCUGCUCAGUUCUCCACCCAGCAACUCCAUCAACAUCACUGUGGUGGAACUCCUGACUCCUCACCACUGGUACAACACGUCCACUGAGGCCCCGGCUGGUUCCGUCAUUAAAGGCCACAGUUUUAACAUCACCUGCUCCACCCUGCAGCAGUACCCUGGAGGUUCCUUCCAGCUGCGUCUGAUCCGCUCCAACGGCACAGUGCGCCAGUCCCUGCCUGCCCUCACCCCGUCUGUCACUUUCACCUUUCCCAGUGCCCAGAGCUCCAACGAGGGCUACUACUACUGCCUCUAUCGGGUCCAGUUGGGUGGACGCACUUUUGUCUCCAGAGAAAGCCAGCCCCUGCCUAUAGCCAUCAGAGAUCCAGAUCCAGUACUGAGCCCAAUGGUGAUCAGCUGGCUGGUGUCUGGCCUGACAUUUGUUGUAGCUGUCAUCGUUAUAAUCAUCGUGGCCAAGGUACUGUGUAACAAGGAGAAGAAGCCCUCUGAACUGGAGCGAGAGACCAGAACCUGUGUGGACAACACUUAUGUUGCCUUAUCAAUUAACAAGCUAUGAUGGGAUAUGCAGGCAACCGAUAACUAAAGAAACAGACGGCCAGAAGACUCACACUGUGUCCAUUGAGGAUUCAGUCAGCAGGGGAUGUAAAACAAAACCAAACAGCUUGGUCGGUCAUCCAUCACACCUAUGGAAAAGGCACCACCUGGACCCAGUUCAGUACAAUUUGAAUAAGACAGUUUUUGCCGGACUCUAACAUAGACCUAUCUAAGACUGCACUACAGUAUUCUUUCAUAUCAAAAUUCAGGCUAGUGUGGAAGUAGUGGAAUCAGUGGACGUGAUAGGCUUUUAAGCCUUGUAUUAUGGUAAGCUAAUGGCCACAGAAGACUGACAGACAGUAAGAACUAUUCUAGUUCAAAGUCAGUAUUGGGUCAAGCUGGACAAAUUUACUCAGAUUUGGCUACUGCCAUGACCUGAGAUGUAUGGAGUGGAAGACCGCUACUAAAAGCUAAACUGGGGAAACUGUGACAUGGGCUCCUCAGGUCUCUGUGUAUAUGCAGUUUAAAAGCAUUAUUUUGUAUUUAUUACCAGGUGACACUGACAGGCUCCACUAGCUUAUUAUGUACUCGCUUCUACAGAUCAAUGAUCCUUAAAGGAUUAGAAGAUGUUUUUGUAUUUUAAGUCUAACCCUACUAUGCAUCUUACAUCAUUUACAACAUGUUCAUUACUGCAUUUAACGUUUGUAAAUAUAAGCUGUAGUUGAUUAAAAUGCUGCUGUUGUUGGA